AUGAGUAACAUUCAUUUCCCCUCCUGGGGUGAUCAGCAGAGCCUCUUUAAAUUAUCGUAUGCUGAUGCGGAAACGUGUAAUCAAUUGGCAAGUGUGGAGAAUCCAGUGUCUAAUCUUGAAUCCGGUGAUUCCAAAAUCACUACCAAGAAAAUGGCCAUCCCACGCCUAGCCGAGGGAGCUGAGUCUGCUUUCACCUCCCCGGGUAGGUUUCACCGACGACAUGUUCGACGAGCAUGCGAGUCAUGUCGACAAAGGAAGACAAAGUGCACCGGAGAUAAGUCCGGAUGCCGCAAUUGCCGAGAGGCUGGCAUCAUCUGCUGUUACACGGAUGGUAAAAGAGAGAAGUCCAAACGGCAGCUGGCAAGCCUGUCAGCCAAAGUACAAGCGUACGAGGAUGUCAUCAGCAAGCUGAGCAAUCGAUUUGGUGUUUCGGACGAACACCUGGUUAACAUCGCCCUCGCAGCGGAAUCUGCACCAAAUCUGGCGUUGAAUUCAAAGUCAGGUACCACAGUGACCGGAGACUCUAAGAACAUACGGAGUACAGGCUCUGAGCCACCGCCCUCUCGAUCUUUGUCUGCAAGUCCUCCGGACUCGGUAGAUCAGACAGAGGAAGACUUCAACAGAGAUGAAACCUCCCGGGCGACAGGCUUCAUCGGCAGAAGUUCCGAAAUCACUUGGCUUCAAAAGCUGAGCAAGGUCGUCAAUGUCGAGUGUGAGGCCUGGCCUGCGACCAUUCCCAAUACCGACGAGGAUAAUGGCCUUCCCUCUCCUACCUUGACACCUCGACCGGACACACCUAGUGAUCCAUGGGUGGUGGCAUUCAACUACUACCUUGAUGACUUGGAUGUUCCAACCGCAGAUCCCACGGACAUGCAUGGAGUACCCUCACGAGAGACGGCAACCCAGUUGCUGAAUGCCUAUCUUACCUCGGUGCACCCCUCAUUUCCAAUCAUCGGGAUCUCAACGUUUGUACCUCAGUUCCAGGUCUUCUUCAGUCAACCAUCACUGAAGCCAGGAAACAAAUGGCUUGCCAUUUUGAACCUGAUUUUUGCCAUUGCAGCAAAAUAUGGCCAAUUGACCAACGCCGACUGGAGAGAGGAAGACGAUGACCACCAAAUGUAUUUUUCCAAGGCACGAGCUUUAAGCUUGGAAGAUCAGAUUCUGCACCAUCCCGAUCUCCAGCAACUACAAGUCGAAGGACUUACUGCAUUCUAUCUAAAUGCGUUGGGACAUAUCAACCGGGCUUGGAAACUCUCUGGUAGUGCAGUGAGAGGAGCGCUGGCUCUUGGAUUGCACUUACAGAAUGUGGGUGCUAGCAUAUCAGACAGCUCCAAAGAAAUUCGCUACCGGGUUUGGUGGUCUCUGUACACCCUGGAUUACCUCCUUGCCCUGAUGACCGGACGCCCAUCAUGUGUCAAUGAUAGCGCAUGCACCACGCCAUUGCCCAUUCCUUUUGAUGAGAGUGAUUUCCAAAAGGACGAAGUGGCUCGAAUUAUAAGCACUGCCACGCUCCGAAAAUCAAGCCAUUCGGAGCGGAUGCCGACAAACAGCAGCAUGGAUGAUCUGGAAUCAACCACAGACACAGAGUCAAAUGAUGUGUCGGCUGAAGACGAGACGAAGCUGAACAGGGUCGAGUACUUGAAAAGUCUCGCGCCUUGCACUUCGCUUUAUUUCCUGCAACUGACUUCAUUGACCAGCAUCUCGAAGCGGAUAACGGUCAAGCUUUACAGCCCGGAAGCUCUCCAGUCCCCAUGGGCAAGCACCGAGUUUACCAUGCAGAGCUUGAUGCUUGAGCUUGAUUCGUGGUUCAUGAAUCUGCCUGCGGCCUAUGACUUUACCUCGACGCAGACGUCUCAAUGCCCAAUGAGUCAGCGUAUGGGCGUGGCUUUCCUCUUCUACAGCACCAAGAUUGGAAUAACCCGACCAUGUCUCUGUCGGUUGGAUGAGUCUAUUCCUGAGGACGACAAGACGUACGAGUUUUGCAACAAAGCAGCUGCAGACUGUGUCGAGGCGGCAUGCCACAUGCUCACAUUGUUCCCGGAUAGCCCAGAUGCAUCGCUGCUUUACAAAAUGUCACCGUGGUGGUGCACAUUACAUUACCUCAUGCAAGCCGUCACAGUCCUCUUACUGGAACUGGCGUACCGGUCCCAGCACGUCCCCGAGAAAGCUACGAUGGUCUCCAAAGCAGCGAAGAAAGCAUUAGACUGGCUCUCGACGCUAUCCAAAACAAACAUGGCAUCAGAGAGAGCCUGGAAGCUUUGCGAUGGCUUCCUUCGUCGACUGGCUCCACACAUUGGGAUCAAUGUGAGCGACUUGCCAACCAACGAAGAGUCGGACUCCUUGUUCAAUGUCCCCGAUACCGAGGAUUCCACUGGCUUAGAUGAAGAGCCAUUCUCGGAUAAUGUCGUCUUCGAUACCACCGAGUCUGUUCCUGUACCAGGCACAGUCGACACCCUUCCUGUAGAGAUGAGCUCCAUUGCUUGUUCUCCGGUGGAUCAAUCGGGUACACCAUCCGCCAUGCAGGAGUCCUAUGAUAUCGAAGCACCAGAUCUUCUAGAUCAAUUCAUCAAGCAGGAGAAGGACCAAAGUUCUUUUGAUGAGUGCUUCCCUUACGACCCAGCUACCGGUCAACUCACUGGCUCCUUCUUCCCAUCUGGUCCAAACAUGGACGUUGACAUGGGGUACUUCUGGGGCGAUCCCGUAUGUUGA